CUUCGGUCGUGAUGAAGAGAACCCACUGACCUAUAUCAGCAAAAGUUAUACUGUGCCGCCUGGAAAGACCGAGAACGAUGUAGAGGCGCUAAUCGCCGAGUUGGCAGCCUAUACUCAGCUCGGACCCGUCCAAGGCCAGGUUGUUCCGGGCGUUCUUGGAGUCUUCCGACAUGACAACCAAGCAAGCAUCGCGAUGCAGCUCCACGACGAGACCAUAUGGGUCGAAGCGUCGGCUGACAUGCCCCUUCCGCUGAAGCGGAACUGCCUCGCCGCCUACGCUCGUCUACACGCGUUCGGCGUCCUGCACGGAGAUCCGCAGCUGCGCCACAUGCUUGUGAAUUCGCUCGGUCAAGUCUGGGUCGUGGAUUUUGCCCGAAGCCGAUUGUUCCGGCCCGAUGCCGCCUCCGAUGAAGAUCGCGCGGCGGUGGACAUGGAGAGGCGGAAGGUCGAGUUUCUCCUGGACAUCGAUGACGCUCGGCAGCGGGAGGAGAGCAAGCUCGUGCGAUGCCAGCAACGCGAUGAAGAGAACCGGCGCCAGCUGCAGGGCCGCCGUGACGGAUCUAUUCCCCCGGGAUCUUGCAGUUUCAUCCCGGAUCUUGACGAAGAUCGCGCUGUCGUUCCUGUGGACCUGGAGGUCUGGAACGAGAGCUGGGUUCCUGCCGCCACCGACGGAGCCCCCCGAAGGUUCAUCGUGCCGAGGGUCGCCGACGCUCAGCUGCACAAGGCAUUGGAGUCACUCGAGCGAGCUUCGGAGCUCCCGAAUGGGACGCUCGCGAUUCAGCAGCAUGCUGCCGUACACCACUCCGCCGAAGUCGCCCUCACACCCGCUGUGACCAACCACUCCUCGUCACCGAACCGCUAUAACCUGCGUAAACGUCAAGCUGCGGACGUGAUUGAGAACGAGGCGCCCAAAGCUGUGAAGCGAGCGCGCGUGCUGCAGGAUAUCACGAAGGACGAUUCCACGAAACGUCUGGCCCAAGCCGGCGCAGAUAGCCCGCGAUCUGCGAAGAAGGCACGACAGUCGCCAGGGCACAGUUCAGUGCAGCGGCCUCCACGGAUCAACGUGGAGGAGUCAACGCGCGAGGACGCUGCGAGGUUACCCUGCGAAGCUCCGUCGCAUGACCCUCCGGAGCAGAGGCCGACGCCCAAACCGCCGAUUGCGCGGGACUAUGCGUAUAUCCCUUACGAUGGUCCGCGAGGUUACGUGGUCCAUUCCAAAGUCGUCGACCGUUUACUCGCGCGUAAGCGGAUGGAAUACCAUGCCUUGUUGUUCGAGUACUGGGCCAGGGCUGCGAUGUUCCGGACAAAGCGACCCCUGACAGGCGACCACUUCGAGACCUUGGAGAUGCCAGGUGCCAAGAGGCGGAGGACAGACUGCGGUGCUGUGGGCGGCUUUUCUGCUGCAGGAGUUGCCCCGGCGGCCCGAACGAGCGCCUCGCCGGCGGUCGGAGGUCGCGCUCUCGCUCGUCCGUCUGCGUCACGGCAUUCCUCUGUACGACCUUUACGACAGCAGACGCCUGGAUCCGGCCGUGGUGUCUCACGUCGUCCCUCACGCCUGUGCCUGUCAAUUACUCGCCAGUCUUCGUUGACAGCGCACACCGCCUUUGGUCCUGACAUACCGGACGACGUGCAGAUGAAAGAGGUGGAGGAAUUGCUGCGGGUGGACAAGGAGGAAGAGCGCCCAGCGGGGUGGCGCAGUUGUGUCAUUGCUUGAAUUGGAUCUUUGCUCCCGCACCACGUGCACCUUGAUUUCGUUUCUUUCCUUCGUUGUAUUCGUAUUUCAGCUUGCGAUUUGUGUGUUGUAGUGUCGUAGUCGAUUGCUCGCGCCUCUUGAAUUCAGUGCCCCCUUGUUGUUGC